UACUUUGACACACUAGUAGUAGCUAACUCAACUUAGUUCCUAAACUUUUUGUAUAUAAAUUAUUAUACAAUUCUUCCAAAUUCUUCCAUUACCUACGCUUCCAAAAAUCCAACCUAGCAACACCAAAUUCUUCUUCCCUUCUUUCCAUCUCUCUAUAUAACUCAAACUCCAUAAAAACUUCAAACCCAUUUAGUCAUCUUCUAUCUGUCAAUACCCAACCUAUAUUUCUCUCUUUCUCUCUUUACAUACACAUUUUCUUGAGAGGAAGAAAGAAAGAAAGAUGUCUGCAAAGUGCGACCACCAUGGAAGCAAGAAAAAGAAACAACUGAGGCAGUUAUUUGGGUGUUUAACAAUCUUCAUAAUCGCAGUUCUCUUCAUAAUUUUACUGGUCUGGUUAAUCCUGCGUCCAACAAAACCUGUUUUCACUCUGCAAGAUGCAACUGUUUAUCAGUUCAACGUAACACAACCAAACUUUCUGUCAUCAACCCUUCAAAUCACAGUUGCAUCAAGAAACCCAAAUGAUAAAAUCGGUAUCUACUAUGAUAAACUCGAUAUCUACGCGUCGUAUCGUAAUCAGCAGAUAACCUUACCAACGGUUCUUCCACAGACGUACCAAGGCCAUAAGGAUGUUAAUGUUUGGUCUCCGUAUGUUUAUGGCAGUACAAUUCCGAUUGCUCCUUUUCUUGCUGUUUCAUUGGAUCAGGAACAGAGGGCUGGUAUGGUUCUGAUUUAUAUCAAGAUUGAUGGGAAGCUCAGAUGGAAAGUCGGUACUUGGAUCUCUGGUCAUUAUCAUGUCAACGUUAAUUGUCCCGCAUAUUUAACGUUUGGAAGUAAGUUUAAUGGUGUUUCCGUUGGUCCUGCUGCCGUUAAGUAUCAGAUUGGUCGUGACUGUCAUACCGAUGUCUGAUUGCUUUAACAAUUUAACACUGUUAGAUUCCCGUUAGUAUUUUCUCUUCCUCACUCUCUCUGCUUCUAUCUCAUUCUCUCUAUAGCCACUCCGUUACCGUUAAUUAAUCUUUCAAUUUUAUUUUUAUAUAUUUUACUUGCCUUUGUUUUUUUCUUUCUUUUCUAUAAGGGUAUAUGAUUAAGUCGGAUGCAACAUUAUUUUUUAGAGAAUAAAAACAGAAAAUGAAAAAAAAGGAGCCAGGCUACGACAAGUGUAUACUGUUAAAUUUGCUGGUGAUAUAUAAUAUAUUAAAAUUUCCAUUA